AUGUCUUCAAUCCCAACUGUUAAACUUAAUACUGGUGCCGAAAUUCCUCUCAUUGGUCUCGGCACGUGGCAAUCUGAUAAGGGCAAAGUCCGGGACGCAGUUCUGUAUGCUCUUACUGAGACUCCAAUUCGUCAUAUUGAUGCCGCCUAUGUCUACCUGAAUGAGGAGGAAGUCGGUCAGGGCAUUGCUGCAGCAAUUGCCACUGGCAAAGUCAAGCGAUCGGACAUCUUUGUGACAACAAAGGUUUUCCCGGCAUUCCACAAUCGUGUCCAAGAAUCACUCGAUGCAUCGCUCAAGAAUCUUGGCCUUGAUUAUGUUGACCUGCUGUUGAUUCAUUGGCCCAUUGGCUUCAAUCCUAAGGGCAAUAAUCCUCUUUUCCCCAAAACUGCUGAAGGAAAGGCUGAUCUCGACCCCACCUUUUCUGUUGCUGCCACAUGGAAGCAAUUUGAAGCUGUUCAAAAGACCGGCAAGGCCAAGGCAAUCGGUGUUUCUAAUUUCUCAACACCCGUCUUAAAGGAACUCCUUGACUCAGGUGUCGAAAUUGUCCCCGCUGCCAACCAAAUCGAGUCUCAUCCACUCCUUCCUGGCGAAGAAAUCAAUGCUUUUAGCAAGGCUCAUGGCAUUGUUGUAGAGGCUUACUCUCCUCUUGGUUCUACCGGAGCUCCUCUGCUUGAGAACCCAGUUAUUGAAGAAUUGGCCACUAAAUACAAGGUCCCUCCCGCUACCAUUCUUAUUUCCUGGCACGUUAACAAAGGCCGUGUUGUCCUGCCUAAAUCUGUGACUCCUUCUCGCAUCAAGACUAACGCUGAGUGGAUUAAGCUUGAGGACGAAGAUAUUGUCACUCUUGACAAACUUUCGGAGAAGUUUGGCACUAAGCGCAUUGUCAAGCCUGAUUGGGGUGUUGAUCUCAAGUUCCCCGACUGGAAGCAGUAA